CUUCUCUUCUCGCCCCCAGCACCGCCUGCUGCUCCAUGUCAACCCAUCCAGCGUUCGCUCGCUUCAUGGUUGAUUCCCAUAUCCCCCGGGUCGUGUAGCCUCACACUCGUUUAUCGCCACGCUCGUUUUAUUUCUGGUCUGCUCAAGACCCGUACCGCUGGCCAAACAUGAAGCCAGAUCAUGCUACCCUCUUCCUGCUCGCCUCCUUCGCCGCUGCUGUCCUCUCAGAAGAACUACGGCCACACGAUGUUCCCUUCGCCUGUGCCAAUAUCUGUGGGCCCAUAGUCGAGCUGACCUCUCUCUGCCGCGUCAACACCCCUGCGUCUGAGGAGCUGCGCCGCCUGAAGAGGAGGAGACUAGUCGGCGAUGGCCUUCGCGGCCCAAAUAGCACAAAGCGCCAGGGCCGCAACAGGAGAAGGGAAGCCGAAGAGGCACUACCGAACCACAAGCGUCAGGUCCAUGUCGGCUUUGAUGGCGGUAACACCGGUGGUGUCGUGGUGGGUGAAAACGGCAAUGGAAACGUGAUCGGAGAGUUCAAGACCAUCCCGUUCACUGCGACAACAGAUCCCGCCGCGGGAGCGCCGGGGGGGUUUCGAACCAUCCCUCCCGACAACACCAAUCAGCAGCAGCACCAGACUCACCCAACCACGCCGACGACAAGGCUUGACCUUCGUCCGACCACCACUCCGACAGUCAUCAACCUCAUUAUCGAGUCGCCCUCUUCAUCUCCAUCUCCAUCGCUUUCACGAACAAGCGCCUUGACGACGGCAAGCACGGCCAUCAUCUCGACUCCCGCAUACAAUCUCCCGGUAGGCGACGGUGGGCCGGCAACUGGCGUAGGAAUUGGGGAUGUCAUCAACGUGGACAACGGCAUUGGUGGCGACACUGACGACGAUGAUGAGGAGGAGGAGGAGGCUGCAGAGGAUACUGUUGACGAGGCAGAUGGCCCACUGCCCGACCAGGGGGCGCAGCGGGAGGCAGAGGGCCUCGAAACGGCCUGUACUUGCUCCAACGACAGCUUUGACGUCGCGCGGGUGAUAGCCCUAUGCGCUGACUGCAUUGAGCAGAUGAACGACCCAGAUGGUCCGAUGUCGACGAUUAUGCGGCAGUGUAAUUUCACCCCCGAAGAGUACAUCCCCGCGAAGGAUUCGGUCGCCGCCAACGUGCGUGUCCAGGCGGCCAGGCCCUUGUUGCCGGGUCAGUCGGCCGCAUCUAGGCCGAUCACGGCUGUGGGCUGCUGGGCUGGCGCGAUUGUAACAGUAGUGACGGUCGCUACGAUCGUGAUGUAGAUGUCCUGUCGCCGAUUGGAUGCGGAUAUUUUAAUAGCACAGCAUUAUGGUCGAUGGAUCAUGGCUUUCCAACCACUUCUUUUGCCUGUCCUCACUAAUACUGUUCCCUCCUGACAAGACAGAUAACCAGGCAUAAACCGGCCAAUGUGUUUUCUCCUGACGUCCCUUGACACAUGGGGCUAUUUGAGAACGCGUACAAACAUGAUUGGCGUUAAAUCUUCAAGCGAGGACAUGCAUGCAGCGUGACCAACGUGCUGCGUUACAUUGCGUUGGGGGAACAUUAUGCAUCAUCCUGUCCUCCACGCCAGCGGCCAGGGGCCCCGACCCUCGAAGAAGCAGGCGACAUGCUAAAUUU